UCAUGGAUAAUGCUGAACUGCGUUUUGAGCCAAUGAAGGAUGAGCUAAGUCUGCAACUCCAAGAAUUUUGCCAUGGAGCGAUGCCUGCAGGAGAGAUGAAGGUCUAUCCUUCCGGUUCAGUCCUUACAAGAGCUUACCAAGGAUAUGCUCAUCAGAUCCUAGACAUGGAGGUCAGGGAAGACGAUAUCUGGGUCAUUACGUUCCCUAAAAGUGGAACAACAUGGACUCAGGAAAUGGUGUGGUUAUUAAGAAACAACCUAGACUUCAACAAAGCCAAAUCCACGUAUUUGCAUCAUAGAUUCCCUCAAUUGGAGUUGAAGCCUAUAUGCGGGGACCAACUAGCUGACAGAAUACCUGAUAACAUACAAUUUCUAAGCCAGUUAUCAUCUCCUCGCUUCAUCAAGAGUCAUCUGCCAAUACAACUGCUUCCGAGACAGAUUUGGACUAAGAAACCUAAACUGAUAUACGUGUUCAGAAAUCCCAAGGAUGUUGCUUUAUCAUACUAUCAUCACUACAGGGUAUGGAAAAACUACACUGGUUCAAUUGAGCUAUUCCUUGAGGGUUUCAUUCAAGAUAAAGUGGUUUUUUCUCCGUUUUGGGAACAAGUUCUAUCGUUCUGGAAUAUCAGAAAUAAACCCAAUAUUAUUUUCAAUACAUAUGAGGAGAUGAAACAGGACCUACGCUCGAUUGUCAGAAGGGUUGAGGAAUUCCUAGGAGAGAGCUACAGUGAAGACGAAGUGACAACUCUAUUAGACCACCUCAGCUUUUCCAGCAUGAAGGAGAACAAGGCGGUCAAUUAUGUAGAUGAAAUGCCACAAAAAAAUAAGCAUAUGCAUUUUAUGAGGCAAGGUGAAACUGGGUCGUGGAAGAAAGAAAUGGACCCUCAAUUUGCUAGAAGAUUUGAUGAAUGGACUGCUAAGAAACUCAAGGGCACAGACUUUCCUUUGCCCAUUUAAAGUUAGAGUUGAAGAGAUCUUUAAAUAAAGUGAUCGAAAUAGCUUGAUUAAUAAUAUAUAAGUACAAAUACACAUAACAUUAAGUACUAUUAUGGAUUAAUUACUAAUAUAGAUGAAUCCAUAUAAAGUUUUUAUCCUAUUUUAUAAUUCACUUAUUGUGAGGCUUUGAGCUUGGGGCUUGUGGGGGAUUGGCUAUGAAAAACUCAACCUAGCUUCAUAACGUUUUUUACACAAUAAACUCGAUAAAGAUACACACGAGUAUGCUAAAAAGAUAACCUCAACAAAUUUUUAGAGUGAUUUUAAAUGCUAAUUAAUGUCACGUCUACUCUAAUAAUCUUUUAUGACGAUACUAAAACUUAUCAAACCUAGACAAUGAAACAUCUACUUUUGUUUGUUCCUUGAAAUCGAUAUCACCAGUCCUACUAUAUGUUUCAAGUUGGUAAUGUUCCUAGUGUGUUCAAGCAGCUGAUCUUUAAUGUUUAUGUUUAAAGUGUUCCUUUUAGUUUUUCUGCCAAAAGUACCUUCACAAAUAUUCUUACGGUGGAUAAAUAAGGUUUAAGAAUUUCAUGAACUUCAAAAUGUGCAUGGUGCUUACCUCACAGUCUUAUCACA